GUUUUAUUCUAAAUAUAGGCAGGUGGACGGCUUACAUACCGUGAUAGAUGGGAAUUACUAAAGUUAGUAUUGGAAUUGGGGGGUAUAGAAAUUAUGCUGAAUGUGUUCCUUAAUCUUCUAUAAAAUGGGCAUGAUUGUCCAGCAAUAUUUCGUGCAAAUACAAUCUACAACUUGACAUUUUACUUCACUCCUCAAACAGCUUACAGGUUAAGUACAGCAAACACAAUCAGAUCAUCAUGGCAACGAAAGAUGAAGACGUACGUUCACGCACAAGUCUGAACAUGGACUCACGCACAGCCGCACCGCCAAUGCAACCAAGGGUGAUGGUCCCAAAGGGACCGGCUAACGCUGGACCUAUUGGACUCAUGGCGUUCGGUAUGACUACCGUAUUGCUGAACUUCUACAAUGCUGGUAUCGCGGAAUCAGGUACCGUCGGACUCAUCGCGUGCUACGGUAUCAUGCACGGUGGAUUCGUUCAGCUUCUGGCUGGCAUGUGGGAGAUUUCCGCCGGCAAGGUCUUUACCGGAACCGCAUUCACUUCAUACGGCGCAUUCUGGAUGGGUCUUGGUCUAUUUGACUUGCUCAUAGUAACAAAUAAUCUCGUGCCGGGAGACAUCAGUGAAGGCAAGUGUGUAUGGCUAUGCAUCUGGGGUACCUUCACCUUUAUGAUGUUCAUGGGCACAUUCCGAGCCAAUCGAACUGUACAGUUUGUGUUCCUGUCACUGGCUCUGUUGUUCUUCCUGUUGGCGGGUGGCGUGUAUAGCGAUACAGUGCACAAAAUUGCGGGCGCAGUGGGUAUCGUCUGCGGCGGCUCAGCUAUGUACCUUGGCUGGGCUGAGCUCAUGAAUGAGGUAUAUCAGCGCGAUAUGAUCCCUAUUUUCAAGAUUAAGUGGCAGUAAAGAUUAGAUAUUGAAAAUCAUAAGUAAGUUUCAGGACGACCGACCUUGAAUGCUAAACAAGUGAGAGUCCAAUUUAUACCGAUACAAUAGUAUUUAGCAAUCGAGAAUAAUUAUCAAAAUAAAAUUAAUAUAAAUACUGAUA